AUGGAUAUCGACCCUCCAGAUGUACAAAAAAUUCCUCCAUUCAGUCGAGUGGAGGCGUGGGUAGAUCCUUCUGACGCAGUUGUCAUAAAUAUUGUCCAUCUUGUCCAGACGCAAUAUGAACGGUGGCAACCUAAGGCCUGCUACAGACAAUGCCUCGAUCCGAAUUUGGAAGAAGUAAAAAAGAUUUGUAUAAACUUACGCCGCAAUGCACGAACUGAUCGCAUUCUCUUCCACUACAACGGACAUGGUGUUCCGCGACCAACGGAGAACGGAGAAAUUUGGGUGUUUAAUAGGGUUAGUCCCAUUCUAUGA